AAUCAAGAGAGGUAGUGGUGGCGGUGGUCUUGGUGUUGGCGUUGGUGGAGCAGGGCAAUGCAGAGCGUGGGCCCCACCACGACCGCCGUGCCUAGGAGGGUGAUGGUCGUGGCGGAUCCCCGCCCUGAGUCGGAGGGCGCGCUGGAGUGGGCCCUCUCGCACGCUCUGCUCGCACGCGACGAACUAAUCCUCCUCCACGUGGAGCCCAACAGCUCGCGGCGCCACUCUUUCGCCACGUUCCUCAAGCGCCCGCCGACGGUGCCAGGCCAAGCCGAUCCCUCUUCUGUGGAAGGCGGGGACUACGAGUUCCUGGACGAUAUGAGGACGACGUGCCUGGCUUUGCAGCCCAGGGUCCAGGUCCAGGUCGAGAGGGUUGAUAUGGACGGCCGAGAUAAGGCUUCGGUUAUCCUCCUGCAAGCCAAGGUUUUCUCCGUCGAUCUCAUCGUCAUUGGCCAGCGUCGCCAUUUCUCCCAGAUCUUCCUCGGGGGUAAACUAGGUGGAAAAUCGGCGAAUAAAGCACCAGAUACGGCCGAGUAUUUGAUAGAGAACAGCAAGUGCCUGUGUGUAGGAGUUCAAAAGAAAGGGCAGAAAGCAGGCUAUGUUCUCAACACUAAGACUCGUAGGAACUUUUGGCUUCUUGCAUAGACAGCACUCUUCCUUCUUUUGCUUCUCCCCCUCCUUUCAAUCUCCUCUUUGUGGAGGAAAUUAUCAUAUCUUGUCUUCUUUUUUCUUUCUUUUUUCAAUGCAUGUGUUUGCAUGGUUGAAUGC